UAGCUUAGCCCAAACAAGGAUAAUCAAAGCAUUAUACAUAACCUAGAUUUGCUUCCUGUUCCAAUUCUUGAUCGAUCAGAUCAAGAAGUUGAUACCUCUGCUCGAUCUUGUACUUCUGUUGCUACCAACCCCAACCCCAACCAAACCUUAUUUAAUUAGAUAUCCAUUUAAGAUAGAUAAUAUGGGUCUGAGGGACAUUGGAGCUACACUGCCUCCUGGGUUUCGAUUCUAUCCGAGUGAUGAGGAGUUGGUCUGCCACUAUCUCUAUAAGAAGGUCACAAAUGAGGAAGCUUUGAAGGGUACCCUGGUGGAAAUUGACUUGCAUACUUGUGAGCCAUGGCAGCUUCCUGAGGUGGCAAAGCUGAACGCGAACGAGUGGUACUUCUUCAGCUUUCGCGACAGGAAGUACGCUACCGGGUUCAGGACUAACCGGGCCACGACGAUCGGGUACUGGAAAGCUACCGGAAAAGACCGGAUGGUGGUGGAUCCGGGAACAGGGGAGAUCGUAGGGAUGAGGAAGACGCUGGUGUUCUAUCGUAACAGAGCUCCUAAUGGAAUCAAAACUGGGUGGAUCAUGCAUGAGUUUCGCCUCGAGACCCCACACAUGCCUCCUAAGGAGGACUGGGUUCUUUGCAGGGUUUUCCACAAAGGCAAAGGAGAUAUGAACAGCAACAUGAGCCUUAGCCCUCAUGAUCUUAUGUUGGAGAACAACACAUCAUGCACUAUGACAUUAACAUCUCCUCCUUCUCAUCAUGACCAAAACAUGCACUGUGGAUACAGUAAUCAAAUCACCUCAUUUUCCACCACACCAGUACCUCACCAGAGCCACAGCCACAACAACCAAAGCAAUUCUCUGCUCAAUCUUCUUCAUCUUUCUCAAGAAAAGUAUACCGACACCAUCACCGAAAUAAGCGCAAAAAAUGACGAUGAUUAUGGAUUUUUAUGGGACAUGAAUCUGGAAGAAAAUAGCUUCGAAAAUGGAACUUUGGAGGACAUGAGAUUUGAGAUGGACAACAGCAUGGUUUUACUCUGAAUUAAGAAACAUGCAUGUCCUACUCUCCACACCUACACACGUACACCAUUUAUUGAUUUGUGAUAUAAAUAUACUGUCGUAUAUGUCUAGGUUGAUUGACCCAAAAAAAAAUUUAUAUAUAUCUAGCUUGAUUGGAUAAUUGUUAGGAGCUUGUGCUUAGUCAGUGUUUUAGAUUCGAGCUUCUUUUCUUCUUGUAUACGACCUUCGUUAUUUGUAAAAUAUUAUCAAUAUAUAUCAAUUCUUCAUCA